CCAAAGUCUGGACACUUGGCAUAUUUUCCGCACACCCCCGAAGGAGGGAAGCAGCAAAAAACCCCUCACGCAGUCGCAGCAGCAAAAGAAAAGGAGGAGAAAUAAGAAGAAAAAAUAACCGAAUAAACAGCAAUUGAUGGAUUCAGUGGUGGAAACUGGAAAGUAGAAAUUUGUGUGGUUAGGGUUUCAUUUUUUGAUUCAGUUCUGAGUCUUCGUGGUUAGGUGAAUUUUGGAUUUGAAGACGAAGAAAACGAGAGAGUUCUUCCCACUUUGAUCCGGCUCAAUUUGAUGGUUAUAUGAGCUUGGUUAGCUUGAUUGCACUGAAGAGUUGAAUCUAACUGAGAAUGGGAUCUCAUUUGGACUUCAAGAACAUUAGUGAUGGACAGCUACUGGAAGGAAGUGGUGGUGCGGGAAGGCUACCGGGAAAUUUUCCGCUGACACGACAAUCUUCGGUCUAUUCGUUGACCUUCGAUGAGUUUCAGAACAGCAUGGGUGGCCUUGGGAAGGAUUUUGGCUCGAUGAAUAUGGAUGAAUUCCUCAAGAAUAUCUGGACUGCUGAAGAGACUCAAGCCAUGUCUGCUUCCUUUGGUGGUGCUGCUGCUGACGGUGGGUUCCCUGGAGGGAAUCUGCAGAGGCAGGGUUCUCUAACUCUACCUCGGACACUCAGUCAGAAGACCGUUGAUGAAGUUUGGAGAGACUUGUCUAAGGAUAGUAACGGUGGCAAGGACGGGAACGGUACUGGGGGAUUGAAUUUGCCGCAGAGGCAGCAGACUUUAAGGGAGAUGACUCUGGAGGAGUUCUUGGUGAGAGCAGGGGUUGUGAGAGAAGAUGCCCAGACUGUAGGAAGACCGAAUGACAAUGGAUUUGGUGGCGAAUUCUCCGGUUCUAAUGACAAUACUGGUCUUGCUCUCGGAUUUUCACAGCCGAAUCGGACCGGCGGAGCUGUCGCUAAUCGUGCUAUUGAGAGUAACAACCUGUUACAGAAUCAAUCUCCAAACCUAGCUAUCAACACAAAUGGGAUCAGAUCCUCUCUGCAGCUGCCGCAUCAAUCACCACAACCACAAACACAGCGGCAGCAGCAACAACAACAACAACAACAACAACAACAACAACAACAACAACAGCAGCAGCUGCAGCAGCAGAAACAACAACAGCAACUCUUCCCCAAGCAAGCGCAAGCUACCGUGGCUUACGUUCCCCCACUACAUUUAGCAAACAGCACGCAGCUGGGUAGCCCUGGAGUGAGGGGUGGAGUUGUAGGAAUCAUGGACUCGGUUGUGAGCCAUGGUUUUGUUCCGGAUGGUGGGAUGGGCGUGGUUGGAUUAGGAGCUGGGGCUGUUGCAGCUACAUCUGGAUCUCCCACAAAUCAAAUGUCUACGGACGGGCUUUCUAGGAGUAAUGGGGAUACUUCUUCCUUGUCUCCAACGCCUUAUUCGUUCAAUGGAGGUCUUAGGGGGAGGAAAUGUGGUGGGGCUGUGGAGAAGGUGGUCGAGCGGAGGCAGAGGAGGAUGAUUAAGAACAGAGAGUCAGCUGCAAGAUCACGGGCUCGUAAACAGGCUAUGUGGAACGCAACUGCGGGGAAUCCAAACAGUGUAUCUAUGCCAUAUAUUGGAUAUGACUUCUCCUUCUCAAUGCUUAUACCAUGGAACUGGAAGCAGAAGUUGCAAAACUUAAGGAGGAGAACCAAAAAUUGCGGGAAAAACAGGCAGAAAUCUUGGAAAUGCAGAAAAACCAGGUUUUGGAGAUGAUGAAUCAGCAAAGAAUACCCAAGAGGCAAUGCUUGAGAAGGACACAGACUGGCCCUUGGUAGAGUUGAAGGAUUGGAUCUGUGAUCCAACAGCCUCAAUGCAUAUAGUUGGGCCAUUUACUGAAGUUGGAGGUUGGUCUGUGUACUGGUGACAUGUUUGAAAUGUUACUAUUAUAUCAAGGGUAAUUAGCUGUACAUAUAAAACGAGAAUGAGUGUCGUGCUGUAUAUUGAGUUGAGAGUAGUAAUAUCAUGUUGAUUAAACUUCUCCAUCA